AUGGAUGAGGCCCUGGGAACCCGCAAGAACCUGGACAAGCUUGUUCUCAAGACGAAGAAAGACAAAGGAGAUGCAUCGAAUCCUCGUACUGCAUUUGUGCAAACCAAGAUUCAAGAAACCACCAGCUCAAUCCCCAGCAGUGUGCAGCAGCUCAGGGACAUCAGCGGCAUGGAGGAUUGCAUCGCCAAACUUGGCUCGCUGUAUGACGACUUGGCGGGGCUCCAGGCAGAGGUUCCGGCGAAGGACAUAGUGGCACGUGCGGUGGCCUCCAGAAAAGAUGGGGAUUUCUUGUGCAAUACAGCUGAGAAACUGUCUCGGGUACCCAAGGGUCACGAGGAAGAUGGAGUUUUCAAAUCUUUGAAUAGCACUGGGAUGUUGGUGAAUAUUCCGUAUACUUACUUGGAUCUUGGUGCUAGCCUGGAGCAACAUCCAGCCUUCCGACCCAGAGAUUUCCUAUCUACUCUUUGUGACCUGGACAAAUUCUCCACAGUGAUUGGUAUGCCUCUAGAGUCUGCAACUGUGCAAUUGGAAGACUACUGGACCCACUUCUGCAAUCAGUAUCGUGAGCAUCCGAUUGUCAACGACAUCAAAACUGGUGUGGUGGAUCCCGGUCAUCUAGUUCCCUUGAAUGUGCACGGCGACGGGGGCCGGACUUACAAACGACAGGAAUUGAUGGUACUACAGUGGCAAUCGGCCGUCGGUGCCGGCACAUCGAAGAGCUCCAAGCGCCGAAAAUUGGCUGAUGAGAUUGAUGAAUGGAUUCGAGUACCAGGGCCAAACGUGGAGAUUUAUUCUGGUUGGGAUGAAAGGUGA